AUGGGUAGAGAGCCGACCAGUGCCAGCUGCCAUACGUGUCGUCGCCGUCGGAUCAAAUGUGACCAGCAGAAGCCGAGUUGUGCACAGUGCCAGAGGUCGCGAUAUGAGUGCCUGGGAUACGAUCGAAUCCUGAGAAUCCAGAGUCAUGGAGUCGGUCGAUCGAGCUUGGUCAAAAUCGGGCAGUCGACUUCAUUCCCGUCAGAAGCGCCAGGUCGUGAUGAGGAUAAUGUCGGUGGUCCAUCAUCUCGAGACGGCGGCAGGAGUCGCAGAGGGAAACCCGAGGUGAAGCAAACCGCAAAGGCUCUCCAGCAGGCGACGCAGCCUCUCACCAGUCAGCCAAACCUCGACCCGUUCGUCGACAAUGUCACCUUCUCCUACUUCUUCGACGCCUACGGCUGGAUCAACAUGCAUAGUAUCUUCCUCCAGGAUACACCAAUGCGCCAGCAUCUCACUCAGCAAACGGACGAGCUUGGCUACGACAGCCUUCGGGCACUCGCGUAUGGAAUCUUUAGCCGGGACCAUCACGUCGAACCCCUGCGGCACAAGGGUCAGCGAAUCUACGGUACGAUCCUCCAAAGGCUUCAGUCAAGGCUUGGGGUAGCAUCCAAAUCAGAAUUGGCGACUCUCAUCAAGCCCAUCUCCAUUCUGGGGUCGUAUGCGAUUGCUGUGGAUUCUGACCUUCGGUUCGUCCACCACGAAGGGCUGGCUCGUAUUCUGGAACACUGCGGGCCGGAAUGCUUCACAGACCCGUUAAUCCUGCCAGUGUUCGAAUCCUGCAGAUUCACAAUGCUGGCUAACGCGCUUGUGCAAAGGCGUGGCACCUUUCUCGAACAAGAGAAGUGGAAGACGAUACCAUGGUCAUUGUGCCCAGAAAACAAGUCCAACACGAACAAGCUGCUUGACAUACUCUCGUCACUCCCCAGUACUCUUGAGAAAACCGACCGAGUCCUCAAUGAACGUUCCCAAUGGGUCGCCGGCGAUUGCACCGUCAUUCGCGAGGAGACCCCAACCACAGUCCCCGAACUUCAGCAGCAGCUCGAGUCCAUGUUCCUGGACUUGCUGGCCUGGCGUUACCACUGGUCUGCAGACAACGCAGAAGCACAAGAUGUUCUCAACUGGGCGCUGUAUCGAGUGAGCGACGAGUCAUAUCGACCUGUUAUCAAUGGAGUCCACGGCCCAGACGUGUAUGGAUUGAACCUCGGCAACAUUCCUUUCGAAACGUUGGAGACAGAGCCCGAGACGAAUGCAAACACUUUCGCGCUGAUGCAAGAAGUUGCGCUCUACAUAACGAUCGUCAUAAGCAUGGAGCGGCUGCGAAAGAACCUCGCCGGUGCUGCUCGUGCUGCAGACGCAAUUGACUUCUACAAUGCUCCCUUUUUCUCCACGUGCCGCUGCUACUUUGACAAUCCAGGACCGUCAAGAUUAUGCCAGAUUUUUCCGGAGCCAAAUGAUUACGCGGCCAAGGCUGUCUCAUGGAAUUUCAACACUGCCAUUAUAUCUGAGGCACCAGUCAGAUCAUCAAGCAGCAGCAGCAAUGAGGCUCCCAUGCCGAUCAACCAUUCAACAUCCUACUCGUCCAUAACAGGGACGACCCUUCUUCCCGGAGAUGGGCGUUUCAUCGGACAACUACGAAUCUUGAACUCCCUGAUCAAACAUCUGCCAGAGAGCCGGGCCUACGUUUUGGGUACGCUGGCAGCAAUGGGGCUAAGCCACUGUGUUCACGAUGUUCGCCCUCUGGAUGGGAACGAAUAUAUCGCGGAAACUAUUCGCGAAACCAUGCUAAAGUCAAAGUUUGGGGACGCAGCCGACGUACUGCUGAAGCGUUAUCGGUAA